UGCGCGCUUGUCUGCUGAGAUGUGGCACCUGCAGAUUCAGAAACACGCUGAAGGCCUUGUGCGGGCAAUUGCAGGCCCUUCCGGCAGGUGGGCUGAUGGGACGAACGGGACGCUCUGCACCCCGCUGUCUCGUGCGGCCUACCGCAUCCGCGCGGCUGGCUUCAUGAGAUCAGUCGCCGAGCUCAUCUCUUUCCACUUACACGAGCGUCGACAUCAUGACCGAAUCGACUGGAUAUGUCUCCUUCGAGGAUUUUGUCCAAUCUGACCUCUUCACGUUCCAUGUUGGAGAAGAGAAGAGGCGCUUCGUCGUGCAUUCCAAGGCUGUCGUAGGCACUUCGUCAUUCUUUGACAGGCUCGUCAAUGGCGGACUGAAGGAGUCUCAUGACCGCUCCGCUGAGAUUGAAGAUGUCGACCCUGAAACCUUCACUCGCUUCCUUGAGUAUGCAUACCGACGCGACUAUACGGUUCCUUCGUCGCCAGAAGCUUCAAUUGCACCCGUGGAAAAGGCGAACAGCUCGAAAAUCAAUCUGGCGGCGUUCCAGUAUCCGGAAAACAGCAUCGCUGGAGCUGAAUCAGCCUCAUCUGAGGACGUGAACUGGGGCGGUGGUGGAUGGAACUCCAACUCAGCGCCUUCAGCCUUUAGCGCCAUGUCUUAUACGCCCUCUGUGCCAUCUGCGCCACUCGUACCUUCCCUUGGGUCCCAGAAGAAGGCCAAGAAGCACGCUAGAGUCCAGAUGAGCCCUCGAGCCGUGUUCAACAACCGCCAAUACAUUCAGCCAGCUCAGGACGCCCCCAGUCUCCUUCGCGCACGAUUCGAGCCGUACCCAAACACGAGCCCCACGCAGAGCUUCGAGUCUAUAUUCCUCGCACAUGCCCGUUUGUAUACCCUCGCGGACAUGCGAAUGGUCCACCCACUCCGCGAUCUCGCUCUGCACAAAUUGCACAAAACUUUGGUCGCAUUCGAGCUGUACCCAGAACGACUCGGAGACGUCGUUGAACUAGCCAGAUAUGCUUACGAACAUGGUGAGGACAGGUCAGAGGAGGGGCGCAUCGAUGCGCUGCGAGAGAUGGUCGUGAACUACAUUGCGUGUGAGAUGAAAGUACUCGGUAAGCAUGACGAGUUCAGAAACCUCAUGGAUGGCGGCGGUGAAUUUGCAGGUGACUUCUGGGACAUUGUCAGUCAGGAACUACUCUAGCCCAUGCGAAAGGCCCACGCGACAAUCCGGCGCUUGACAUAACAUUACUCAUC